AUGCCUGCGAAUCCGGACAAAACAUUGAUUGGCUGCUCAAAUCCAAGUUGCGAUCAAUGGCUUCAUUACGAGUGUCUUCUGCAUGCCUGUCCCAUGAGUGUCUACGAGCAGCUUGGCACAGACAAGCCGCAUAAGACCGAGUUGGCAUCGAAGGGGAAAACUGUGGUAAAUCCACAGCCAGGCGUACAAGCACAAAUAGCAGCAAAGGAGGACGACACGACAAAGCCAGCUGCUGGUGAGAAAGAGAGUGAGAAGCCUUACUCAAAGUUAGAGUGCACAUACGGCCUCACAUCACAGCCAGCCCAGCCAGCCGGUACGCCGGAGAAAGCAACAGAAGUCAUGGAAGUGGCGCAUGACAAGCUUAAUCAGUCGGAACACAUAACAGAAUCGGGCACAAAGGAAAGAGCAAAUGGCGCGCCAUACGCCGGGCUUUUCGAUGCAAAGCUUCGGUUAGAUCGAAACCAAGCGGUAUGGGAGGUGGCUGAUCUGCGGCAAAACAUCCCUUGCGGCGAUCGAGAAUGGGAAUUGGACGUUAAAUGUUUGGUCUGCGGUUCUACAAUCACGUAG